AUGACGAUGUGGUACAUUUUACUACGCUACGGUGGUCUCUUGUUUGCCACCAUGCCUUAUACAGCAGUGCAGCAGUGGAUGGUGUUCUUGAUUCAGCUACUCUCAAACUGUUCCGCGUUUUGGGAGAUAGUAAUAAUUGACCAAACACUCCUGAUCUUCACUAUCGAAGUAUCGCAAUUCGGUAACAUACUGUCUUCGGUGAACUCAAUUGUUUCAUCGCGCCACAUGACAGAAGCUUCCGAAGUGUCUGCGCUUCUCAAUGGUAGUGUUCUUUGUCGGUGGCGGUACAGCUCCACAUCGCAGGAUUUUGUCGUCUUCAUAGUGACAACACUAGCGUUUGAGAUAACCGUCUUCUCUCUGGCUAUCUGUCGUCUGUGGGCAUCUUUGUACCACACGCGCCGGAAGAUAUCGUUGAUGUGGCAUUCCGAUGACCUUCUCUAUCUUGUAGUCCGAGAGAACUUGGCUUAUUUCUGCAUCUCAACCGUCGCUAUUGUGGCAAAUGCUACGGGGACCCUGACGAUUGUCGGCCAGGAAAGCCGCGCUUGA